AUGGAAAGGCUCAAGAAAAGACGAGGGGUAAUACGGUCCACUGUUACCAAGCUUGUCAACGACAUUUCCUCGGCAUUAGAGCUGACUCCGCUACCAGAAGGUGACAUAGAAGAGAAGCUCAACUUCCUCACAUUGAAAGAAACGUCGCUACACCAACUAGAUGCGGAGAUCGCAGACCUCAUUGACCAGAACGAAAUAGAAGAAGAAACACAAACCUGUACCACGUACGAAGAGACUAUAAGAAACAUUAAAACAAGAACGGCCCAAGCGUUACGAAAACAGCACUGCAACGAAAGAGUUCUUUCUAACAACGACACUGAAGCAAAUGACCCUAGAGAACGUCAAGCAAGUGGACCUAACGUCAAGCUUCCACGACUAGAACUUCCAAAAUACAACGGAGAUCCGGAAGACUGGCAAACGUUCUGGGACCAGUUUCAGUCCUCUAUAGACCACAAUCCAACACUGUCUCCAGUCGACAAGUUCAAAUAUCUGAAGAUCUACCUGGUCGGAAAAGCCGAUGCUGCUGUCAAGGGGAUUCCCGUGACCAGUGACAAUUACAACGUUGCGAUUGAACUCUUAAAGAGAAGAUUCGGUCAGCCCACUGUGAUAGUUAAUAACCAUCUUUCCCAUCUCAUGGACACCAAACCAAUAAGAUCCUCAGAGGACACAGAGGGACUCAGGAAACUCCAUGAUGCCGUAGUGACAAGGAUCAGGAGCCUACAAAGUCUAGGAGUGGAUGUACAUUCUUACGGUGUUCUUCUGCACACCGUGCUCCAAAGAGCCCUCCCUUCUGAUCUUCUGCUGAGGUACAACCGGAAGCUGGACGCCAAAGGGCCUUCAGGGGACGGGGAAGACAAUCUCACAGUGCUUCUUGCAUUCCUUGAUGCAGAAGUUAUAACAAGGGAGAAGUGCUUUCAACUCUCCACACACUCUUCAAAAGAAAAGUUCCGUCCAUCACAAGGGUCUAUUGUUGACAAGAUAAGUUCUGCAUCGGCUCUCCCUACACUAGAAAAAGUGAGCGUCCACUGCUGUGUUUUCUGUGGCUCUGGUGACCACCCGCUGCAGGAAUGCACGACACACCUGACAUUACAAGAGAAGAAAGAGAAACUUAAACAUGACAACAGAUGUUUUAGAUGUGAAAACAAUUUCACAAAGCAAGAGAGUGUCGAAGCGCGCGAACGCUUUCUUGCGCGAGUUGCGGCGGCAGACACCUCACAGUGUUGUGUGAUCCAGAAUGGGCUGCACUCCGACCAUCACCUAACGUUCCUGGAGGGCCUUCGCAGUUCAUCGGGAUAUCUAGGGCGGGAUCAAGUAGCCCCCAACAAGUGUUACUUCAGACUGCUAAAGUACUAG